AUGGUGAACAAACCCUCCACCUACUCCGUCCUCGCCGCCUCCGCCAUCGUGUCUUACUACACCCAGAAAUCUCAAAACAAGGCCGUCCCCAUCGGCGUGUUCCGCCAUCCCACCAGCGACGGCACCGUGAUACCCCUUCCGAACUCCACAUUUCUCGACGUGGUGUACUGGCACCUAGGAGAGUUUGCUUCCAAAAUUGCCUACCAGUUUGGCUCACCUUCUUCGCCCGACUAUGUCAAAGGGGACGGACCAAGCAUACCGUGGGGCCAUGCGGAGGAUGCUUGGUCGGCUGUGGAGCUUUAUCGAAAGCUGCUCAGUGAAGCGGAUGAUGAGAGCAUAACUAUUGCCAGUAUCGGAUUCUUGGAUAAUCUGUCACUUCUCCUCGACUCCGAACCUGACCUAUUCUCCCCAUUGACCGGACGCCAGUUGAUCUCGCAGAAGGUGGCCGAGCUGGUUGUCAUGGGCGGUCGUUACCCUGCGGGAAAAGGUUGGAACUUCUUUGGUUCCGACCCCGAAAUACCUCAUCGCAACGGCGGAAACGGGCUAGGACUGGGGUCGAAGGGCACGGCAAAUGUAAUCAAUAACUGGCCUACGCCACAAAGAGAUGGGUGGAAAGGGAGGGUGGUGUACGUCGGUGAUGAAGUUGGCGGGAACGUCUUGACAGGCGCGGAGUAUGAUGAAGAGUACGGGUAUGGAAGGAACAGGGUGAAUGAGAGGGACGGGUCGAAUAAGUGGGUUUGGGAUGAGGAGACCAAGAAUCAGUUUGUGCUGGCGCUGGAGAAGACCGAAGAGACGGUGGCCAGGGAGAUUGAUCGGUUGUUUUUGAAGGGAGCGAAGAGCGCGGCCGUGGAAAAGGUUGCCCCAAUGAGCGGCGAGGAAGCAGGCCCGAAGAUUUGA